AUGUCGGGCGAGGCGAGCGCGCCGGCAGUCUCCCCCAGGGCCCCGCGACCCGGGACCCAGAAGGCGUCCGGCACAGUGACCAAGAAAGGGGAUCGCGGGGCCAAGGAGAAGCCAGUGACCGUCCUGCCACCGGUGGGCGAGGAGGAGCCCAAAAACCCUGAGGAGUACCAGUGCACCGGGGUCCUUGAGACCGACUUCGCAGAGCUCUGCACGCGGUCGGGCUACACGGACUUCCCCAAAGUUGUCACUCGGCCCCGCCGCCCGCACCCGACCUUCGUCCCCUCCGCCUCUACGUCGGAAAAGACCCCCCUAGACGAUCCGCAGCUGUCGGGGUCCUGCAGCCUCAACAGCCUGGAGAGCAAAUAUGCGUUCUUCCGGCCCACCAUCCAGGUGGAGAUGGAGCCCGAGGACAAGGCUGUGAAGGAAAUGUACAUCCGCGGCUGGAAGGUUGAGGAGCGGAUCCUGGGUAUCUUCUCUAAAUGUCUGCCCCCCCUCAGCCAGCUGCAGGCCAUCAACUUCUGGAAGGUGGGGCUGACUGAUAAGACCCUGACUGCUUUGGUCUCCCUCCUGCCUCUCUGCUCCUCCACACUCAGGAAGGUGUCUCUGGAGGGGAACCCGCUGCCCGAGCAGUCAUAUCACAAGCUCAUGGCAUUGGACACCAGGAUCGCGCACUUGUCUCUGCGGAACAACAACAUCGACGACCACGGGGCGCAGCUCCUGGGCCAGGCUCUGUCCACGCUACACAGCCACAACCGGACCCUGGUCUCGCUCAACCUGGGCUUCAACCACAUCGGGGACGAGGGCGCGGGCUACAUCGCGGACGGCCUCCGGCUGAACCGCUCCCUGCUCUGGCUGUCUCUGGCCCACAACCGCAUCCAGGACAACGGCGCCCUGAAGCUGGCCGAGGUCCUGCGCCCCUUCGAGUUGACGCACACCGAGGUGGUGGAGCGCCGGCGCCUCCUGCUGGAGAAAGGGACGCAGGAGCGAUCGCGAUCGCCUUCCUCCUCUCGACAUGGGGACUCCAAAGCAGAUCGUGAGAAGAUUCAGCCGAUAGGGGCCAGCAAUGUUGCAUUGGUGGACAAGGCAGACAAGAUGCAGACAAUGAAGACCCCUAAGGGCCUGGGCAAGAAAAAGGAGAAGUCAGGGGAAGUGGUGAAGAAAGAGGAGAAGUCAGGGUCCGGGCAGUCACCCACACAAGGAACCCCGAAGAAGGAAGACUCCACAAAGUCAGGCAAGGGGAAGGUCACUGUCCCUGAGCAGAAACCAAGCAAGGGAAAAGGGCCCAAGACUGGAAGCAGAGAGAAGGGCAGCAUCCUCUUGGAGUCAGAGCUGGUUGCUGAAGCUAUGGAGAUGGUCAACCCUCUCCUGGAGCCUGUGGAGCACCGAGAUGGGAAAGUUUUCAUGCCUGGGAACAAGGUCCUUUUGCACCUCAACCUCCUCCGAAACCACAUCACAGAGGUGGGGCUGCAGGGCUUCCUCACCGCCGUGCAGUACCAGGCGCAGUUCUCCAAGGCCAAGAGUGCAUCCAAGGGCCCCGUGGGGCUGCUGUCUCUGUCCCUGGAGAAAAACUGCUUCUCCCCACAAUGUGCUGCGUAUACCAUGAUCCAGGAGCUCAUGCUGCCAAGGGACCCCAUCAGUAAGGCCAAGCCCAGGGAGGAGGAGGCUUCCUCCUCCUAGCCCCUCCCACCUUCCUCCCGGAGACUCUGGGCCACAGAACCAUCUCCUGUCCAUGCAUGGGCUGACCUCCCUGGGGGAGAUCUCAGAUCAUUAACAAAUUCUA